CGGGUCGCGGGUCGCGGACGUCGCGGAGCCUCCAGCAGCAGCGCCAUGGCGGCAGUGCGCAGCUUGCACGUCUCGGUGAAGCCAAUCGGCGGCUCGGACCGCUCCGGAUCCGACUCCGAUUCAGAGUCGGAUCGGGAUACUCGCGAAGCCGCCGAACCGAUGGAGGUGGAGGAGGGAGAGCUGGAAGCGGAGGACGUGUCGGUGAACCGCUCCCUGAAGGAGCUGCUGCCGGACACGAGUCGGCGGUAUGAGAACAAGGCUGGGGCCUUCAUCACCGGGAUUGACGUCAACUCCAAGGAGGCGAUUGAGAAGAAGGAGAAGCGAGCUAGGCGGUUUCAUUUCCAGAGUGAGCAGAGCGUUUCUCAAAGGAACGUAUUCCUGGACAAAGAGACAAUGAAGAAAGCCAUCACUAGACUGCGUAUGGAGGCCAUCUAUGUGACUGGCGUGGAUGACAUGAGCACGCAGGAUGUCUUUGGGUAUUUUAAGGAGUAUCCUCCGGCGCACAUUGAGUGGAUUGACGACCAAUCCUGUAACGUGGUCUGGCUGGAUGACGACACGUCCGUACGAGCGCUCAUCAAUGCGAGCCGCAUGCCAGACUUGGAUCCCGUCCCCACCGAGACCAGUGACCCGUCGGGCGAGCAGACCAAAGCAGCUGGUCGGGGACAAAGUUCAGAUGACGAGGAUGAUGAAGAAGAGGAGGGUGAGGUGGAAGAGGAGGGAGAGACGGUGAAGAAGAGUAGCGACGGGGAGGCGGAGCAGCAGACGAAGGCAGGAGGUGAUCAGGUGGAGGACCUGUCGUGUGCAGAGAGAGAGUCUCUCCUGAGGAACGACCUGCGACCCGCCAUCAAACCCUUCAAAGGAAACAAGCUGUUCCUGCGCUUCGCUACGCUAGACGAUAAGAAGGAGCUGGGCGCCGCCCGACGAAGCAGAUACUACAUGAAGUACGGAAACCCCAACUAUGGCGGCAUGAAGGGAAUCCUCAGCAACUCCUGGAAGAGGAGGUUUCACAACCGCCGCAUCCAGCGAGACGUCAUCAAGAGCAAUAAACCCCAGAUUGGAGACAGCAUGGGACACACACCGCCGUACACACACCAGCACUCGGCUGACCUGGUCAACCUGCCUGAGGAGCCGAUCAAAGAGGAGGAGGAAGAGGAGGACGAUGAUGAUGACGACGAGGACAUGGACUCAGACGACAGGGUCGUGGAGUACAAGGAGAGGGACGGUGGCCCGCGCUCGCUGCCGGGCCGUAGCCGGGCGGAGCGUUCCCCGUCUCCGUGGUCUGAGUCUGACGAGAUGGACUACGACCUGGAGCUGAAGAUGAUCUCCACCCCGUCGCCCAAGAAGAGCAAGAAGAUGACGAUGUACGCAGACGAGCUGGAGACUCGCCUGAAGACCAUCAGGGACCGGGUCGGUACGUCGGAAUCGCAGGUCAGGCCCAAGUCCUCGUCGCCCCCCAAGGUGAUGGACGUCCGGCAGCUGCUGGAGGAGAAGCGACAGGGACUGCCGCAGCGAGGACAGCCCCCUCCGGUGGCCAGCGGCGGCAAGAGAGAUGUACGACAGAGGCUCGGGAAAAGACGAUACUCUCCGGACAGGCAGCGCUCGCCCUCACCGGGCUCCCCCCGUGACGCACCUCCAGCCAGAGAGCCAGUCAGAGACGUCCAUCAGAGACUGGGCGUGGCCAGCCAGGAAAGCAGGGGCCCCUACACCAACUCAUCCAAAGACAGAAAGACAGGUGGUUUGUGGAGCAGACUUGGUGGCGUCGAGGAUGACAGCAGCAGCUCCAAACGCCGCGACCACAGACCAAGCAGCGGCUCAGCGGGGCUCUUCUCCUCCUCUUCCUCAGCAGCAGGGCGGAAGGAGAACAGCAAAGAUGAUGAGGAUAAGGAAGCGGAAGAGGAAGACGACUCAACGCUGCAGAAGAUGUGGGGCGCUAUGAUCAAACAGAAACAGGAGCGUCUGACCCACAAGUUGAAGAAGAGCCGGCUGGACAACCUGCCGUCACUGCAGAUCGAAAUCAGCCGCGACACCAGCGACGACUCCGACGCCUGAAACUGAACCGAGGAAGGGGAGGAGAAGGCGGAGUUUGUAUGUCCUCUGAAUUCCCUGUAAGCAGACUGAGACUGAGGGAGGCUGGACGAUGGACCCACGGUGAAAACAGAACCACCUCCUGCUCUGCGUCAUUAUCAAUCAUUCCUGCGUUAUCAUAGGGACGCUAGACUCUGAGGUGGCACACCUCCUCCGUAUGAUUAACACUCUGAAAUCUGUUUGUCUUCUGUUGCCGCAGCAACGCUCCCAGUGUAGACGACGGGAGAAACUCUCCGACUCCGUCUUUACUGUGCUGUCGUGGUGUUGUUGCCCUCACGCUUGAUGGACGUGACUUCCAGUGUGGCGGAUUACUACAUGUUUUUGUUAAUGGCCUCCUGUGACAGACAUAACCUCUGUUCUGCAGGGUUUUAACGUCUGAAGGCGUGAUCUGUGUUUCUGUUUUUUUUUUUUUUUAAACAGACAUUGUGGAUCCACCGCUGCUCGUGUGCUCAGAUCCUUAUUAAAACCCCUGGCUGAUG